UAAUGAAGCGACAGGGAGGAGCGUUUUGAAAGUUCAAAUGAGGCAAUACUGUCCAUAUCUUACUGGUGUGUCUCAAAAUACUUGUGUGAAAGUUUUGAUAUUUCCCUGGCCGCGGUCCGCGCACGCUGGCAGCGGGGGAGUGGGUGUGGGGUGCAGCUCGCGAGCACUCCCACCCAAAAACUCAUCGCAUCUGCAGCGGUUUUAUGUUUUAUGAUUAUUAUCGCAAGCACUCUGCUUCCAGUUCGCGAGUCAUGAAAUACAGCAGGCGUGUUCUGCAGUCGCUGGGAGGAUAUUGCUCAAGUUGCACAUUCGCAAUAAUUGCAAAAGCGGGGCGCGGACCCGAACACAGACCGCCAGAUCUGAUCUGAUCUUAACUCCACGAUUGUUCAUUUCAUCUUGAUUAUUGAUACCGUUCGAUUUUGCAAAUUCUCUGUACGGAUUUAAAGUCACUCGGGUGCAAAUAGCCUACGAAGUGCACGGCCUCAUACAAUUAGGCUUGUGUCUUUGUUGAGAACGAAACUUACCGCGAUUAAAAUUUCUUUACCCACCUGACUAAAACCUUUUGGUGCACAGCUGAAAGCGAAGAAAUGAGCGCUACGCGGGACCGUGUGAGCACACCUUUUCAGAAGUUCCAGAAGUUGCACAGGGAAGCCCUGAUGACCUGGAGCUUUGAAUGCAGAGAGGAGUCUGUGUUUGGAGGCCAGGGGCCCAGAGAGGUGGUCCUCAGCGAACACUACCUCCCCCUAGAGGCUGUGGAAGAGCACAGGGAGGGGGUGGGAGACUCAGUGUGUCUACAGGACGCGGUUACCACUGCGUUUUCACACGAGCAGGACCAUCCCAGAGUGAUGCUGAUCGUCGGUGCUGCUGGCGCAGGCAAGACCACAGCACUGCAGAAGCUGCUAGCCAACUGGGCACAGGGGACAUGCCUCCAGCCCUUCUUCCUCCUUCCCCUGUCCUGCUGGAAGCUGAACUCCCUGCAGGGGGCUCUGUCUCUGGUGCAGCUGCUGCUGCAGCAGCACAGCCACCUCUCUCCGGAGUCACUGGCUGUAAUCCUGCAGAGCCCAGAGACUCUACUCUUCGUGCUGGAUGGACUGGACCAGUACCGGCACCAGCUGGAGGCCCCAGCCCAGGCUGUCUGCUCCAGCCCAGAGGAGCCUGUCCCGGUCGCUGUGCUGUUGGCCAGUCUGGCCCAGGGGCUGCUGCUGAACGGCGCCUCCCUGCUGGUGAGCAGCCGAGAGACGGCCCAUCUGGAACCCCUGUGUGAAGUGCAGGACCUGUGCGUGGAGCUGCAGGGGUUCUCCCGCGAGCGGAGGAGGGCGUUCACACAGCUGCUCCUCCCGCAGGAGGAUGCGGGCAGGGUGUGGGAGCACAUGGAGGAGACGCUGGGCUUCCACAGCCUGUGCCGCCAGCCCGGCUUCUGCUGGACCGUCUGCUCGGUGUACAGGGCUGCGCUGGAAACCGGGAUGCACCUGCCCCGCACGCUGACCCAGGUGUUCGUUUCAGCCACCGUCAGCCAGGUGAAGCACGGCGGUCUGGAGGAGACGCAGGCCAGAGCACUCCUGUCAGGGCUGGGCAGGCUGGCCUCCCACAGCCUCCUCUACAGCACCUCCGUCUUCUCCCGCAGAGAGCUGAUCGCCUGCGGCCUGCAGCCCUUCCUGAGCUCCCCGAUCCUCUCCGCAUUCCUGCGGAUCGAGGGAGACCCGGCGCUGGACGGGGGUGUGCUGUCCUUCCUGUCCCCCGCGCUGCUGGAGUUCCUCCUGGCGGUGUCUGUCUUCCUGGGUGCGUUUGGCAGUGGAGGGGUGAGAGACACCCUGGAGACGCAGGAGGGAGAGCUCCUGGUGCUCUUUCUCGCAGGGCUCGCCAGCCCUUUGCAGAGGCAGCUGCUGGAGGGUGCUGUUGGGGAGUUCAGCAGCGCCUGCACGCAGGAUUUCGACACGUGGCUCAAAACCACUUCCCAGGAGGCCUUGCAGAGCUACUCCAAGGAGCAGCACCUGCGGUGCUUCCGCCUGCUGCACCAACGCAGCGACGAGCAGCUGCUGAGGGCGGCGAUCGGGCCGUCCGCCCGCCUCGGCCUGGGCUACGGCGAUCUCAGUGACCAUGAUGCCGCGGCUCUCAGCUACGCUGUCACCUGCUGCGGAGAACUGGAGCAGCUCAACCUGUACGCCAGCAACAGCCUAUCAGAGGAGACCGUCCUGCGGCUUGGCCCUGCCCUCCGCCGAGCAGGAAGGAUCAUUCUGUCCCAGAGCAGUCUUAGCGCAGAUGCAUAUGCUCACCUGGCCACAGGUAUGUGCAGCGGGAGAGCACUGGAGCUGGAUCUGUCGUACAGCCGGCUGCUGGGGGAACAGGGGGCAGAGCGUUUGUGUGCCGGGCUGAGGGCCAGCGGCCUGCAGAGCCUGAGACUCCCCAGCUGCGGGCUAACGGCAGUGAGCUGCACUCACCUGGUGUCCCUCCUGAGUGCAGAGUCCUCACAGCUCCACCUGCUGGACCUGAGCGGAAAUGACCUGGAGGAUCAGGGAGUGACACAUCUGAGCACCGGCCUGAAGAGCCCACACUGCCACCUGCAGGAACUGAGACUGCGACGCUGUAAGCUGACAGGAGUGUGCACGGAGGUCUUGUCGGUGGUGCUGUGCAGCGGUCGGUCGGAGCUGAAGUGCCUGGAGCUGUCGAACAACAGCGUGUCGGACGAGGGCAUGAGCCGUCUGAGCACCACACUGCGGAGCCCCAGCUGCGCCCUGCAGCGGCUGCUCGUGUCGGCCUGCGAUCUGAGCGAGUCAUGCUGCGCGGGGUUAGCGGCCGCACUGAGCUCUGACGCCUGCCGGCUGCAGGAGUUGGACCUGUCCAUCAACGAGCUGGAGGACGGCGGCGUUCUGCAUCUGUGCGACGCACUCAAAGCACAACGCUGCCCCCUGGAGGCACUCAGGCUGUCUCGCUGUGAGUUGGGUGAAGAGUCCUUCGUUGCCCUGGCGACGGUGCUGGGCUGUGGCAGCUCCAGGCUGAGGGAGCUGGAUUUGGGAGUGAACAUCGUCAGAGACCGUGGUGCCAAACACCUGUGGAACGCCAUGCGGGACGGCCGCUGCAGUCUGGAGCACCUGGACCUGGACAUGCUGGGUUUGACGGACGGCUGCCUGGAGGACCUCUCAGCAGCGGUGAGGGCGUGCGGCUCACUCAAACGUCUCAUCCUGAAGAACAACGAGCUGACGGACGCAGCCGUCCCCGCCCUGGUUGCCAUGGCGCAGGAGAGCCGCGCCAUGCAGGAACUGAAUCUCCAAUACAACGACUUCAGUGAGGACGUGUUUGAGCUGAUGGACACCUGUGGGAAGAUCAGGUACUGAGGACGGAGCCGGGGGGCGGAGAGGGGAAAAAGCCAGGCAGCAUCAUACCACAGCAGCAUGUCUGAUUAUAACUGUUCCCCAUCACAGCAACGUAGAAAUGCAGAGACGCUGCCUGAUCUGCGCAGACUGAAUUACCCUGGUGCAUAAUAAAACCAGGGGAUUGGCUGAAUGAGCAGUUCUCUUCUCUUAGUCUCAGUGCAGACAAUUCAGCCUUAAUGCCAGCACACACACACACACACACUGACACACACACACACACUGACACACACUGACA